GGGAGGGGCAGGAAACAUCUUGUGAUUCGCUUUCACUUUGCCUCGGAGUCAAAGUGUCAGGGAUCCCCGGAGCAGACACAAGCUCCUGCUGCAGCCUGUCGCCCGUGUCCUUGGAGCAGACCACGCCGUGAGGCCCGAUGAGCUCGCGCCAGGAUGAGCCCGUGCCGCAGGAGCCCCACAAGGAAGCCGGGAGCCCUGCGUGCCCUGCCCAGUGGGUGGGUGACGCUGGCACCACCCAGCACCCACAGAGCCAGAGCCGCUGUGUCACCGAGGUGGUGCAGCGAGUCCUGCAGCCGCUGAGCCUGUCCCUGCAGCAGCUGAGCAGCGUGCAGCACCGCAUGCUGGCAGCCAUGGAGGCUGGGCUGAGCCUCCGGAAAGGUGCCCACGCCGUGCCUAUGCUGCCCACCUAUGUGCGCUCCACGCCUGACGGCACUGAACGAGGCAGCUUCCUGGUGCUGGAGCUGCGUGAGCGGGACCUGCGGGUCCUGCGGGCAGAGCUGGGCGGGGGCGGGCACCAGGGGGCACAACUGAAGGAUCAGAUCUUCGCUGUGCCACGGGACCUCACGGAGGGCAAAGGGGAGAAGCUCUUUGACUUCAUGGCGGAGAGCCUGUGCCAGUUCCUGGACAAUCUCCACAUCCCAGCCACGAGCCACCAGCUGGGCUUCUUCUUCCCCUUCCCGUGCCUCAAGACUGGGCUGGAGAAGAGCGUGCUGCAGACCUGGUCCAAGGGCUACAGCUGCAGCGACGUGGUGGGGAGAGACGUGGGGCAGCUGCUGCAAGAGGCCAUCCAGAAGCAGGCGCGCCACGACAUCAACGUCGUGGUCGUGGUGAACGACACCGUGGCCACCAUGAUGGGCUGCAGCUUGGGGAAGAAACCCUGUGAGGUCGGCCUCAUCGUAGGCGCCGGCACCAACAGUUGCUUCAUGGCGGAGGCGUGGUGCGUGGAGAGCCUGGACGACAACGAGGGGCGGAUGUGCGUGAACACGGAGUGGGGCACCUUUGGGGACACCGGGGUCCUGGCCGACAUCCUGACCAUGUACGAUGAACAAGUGGACGCAGGGAGCAUGCACAAGGGGAAGCACAGGUUUGAGAAGAUGAUCGGCAGCCUGUACCUGGGCGAGAUUGCCCGGCUCCUGCUGGUGCAGCUGGCGCAAGACAAGGCUCUGCACGCCGGCGGCACCACCCCGCAGCUGCUCACCCAGGACAAGGUGACGGCUCUGGAAGUCCUGAGCAUCUCGGAGGACCAGGGCGGGCUGGCCGCCGGCAGGUGCCUGCUGCAGAAGCUGGGGCUGCAGCCGAGUGACCCGGACUGCUUCACUGUGCGGCAGGUGUGCCUGGCCGUGGUCACCCGUGCCGCCUGCCUCUGUGCCACCAGCCUGGCCGCCAUCCUCACCCACAUGCGCAAGAACCGGGAGCUGCCACAGCUGGACGUCUGCGUGGGCGUGGACGGGGACAUCUUCCAGGGGCGCAAGUUCUUCCAGACGCUGGAGGAGACGACCAAGAAGCUGGCCCCCGAGUGCGCGGCCACCCUGGUGUUGGCAGAGGAGGGCAGCUGUGCCUGGGGGGUGGCCGUGGUAACCGCAGUGGCCGUGCGCCUACGGUCCCAGCGUCGCGAGGUCGACCAGCUCCUGAAACCGCUGCGCCUCGCGCCUGACGCCCGGCGGCAGGUUCAGGCCCUGCUGCAGCGUGAGAUGGAGCGGGGGCUGCGGCAUGAGACGCACGCCCAGGCCUCCACCCGCAUGCUGCCCACCUAC